AUGCCAAAAAGCGAUGUUGUCCGCGCCUCGAGGCCGAAGAAUGUGACGGUAGCGGGUGAGAGCGCCGGGAGGUGUCGCAAGCGGCGCCUCCGGUCGCAAGACACAGUUUUUUUUUGCAGCGGUUUUUGGAAGCUCGCGGUAUGCGGCUUUCUGUUUUCCCGUUCUCCGCCAACUGCAGCAUUAGCAGGGGCGACGCAGCAGCAGCAGCAAUUGGGAGAUAGCCGGGACAAACGGGCCGGCGAUGUGGUGGGGCUCGAGGAUGGAAGAAUAUCCCUCGCGAAAGUCACCAGCAUGCUGAGUAGCGGUGUCCACAUGGAGCUCGCCGGCAGCGAGGACGCCUUCGGCCGCCUGCUGGACCACGAGUGGGAUCGGUUCUCCGCUCAGCCGGCGGGCACCCGCAGCACGUUCGUGGUCUGCAGCGCCCCCGGGCGGGCGAACGCGAAGCGCCUCCGCGAGCUGGCCGGGGGCGACUCCCUCGUCGAGACGCUGCACCGCCGCAAGGGGGAGAUCCUCUGCUCCUUCGCUAGCCUGGACGGAGCCUCAGCGGCGCUCGUGGCCGCGGACGGCCGCGACGGCGACGGUGACGGCGGCGGCGGCGGUGGCGGGGGGCAGGGGACGUUUUCUUUGGAGCCCUUGCCGCACCUGGCGAAGCUCGCCCCCGCUGUGGCGGCCGACCCGUCCUCGGCGGCGUUGCUGCUGUCCUCGGAGGCGGCGGGCGCGACCCAAGGGGUGUACAUCGACGAGGGUGGCGGUAGUCGGCUGCGAGGGCGGCGGCAUCUCCGCGCCGCUGCCGGCGGUGCAGGUAGGAGCGAGGUGUCGGCGGAGCAACGCGACCAGAUCUUGGCUUCCGCGGCGGCGGCGGCGGCGGCGGGGCUGCCCGGGGACGACCGGCCGGCGACCCAGCGGUUGAUUGAGCACGGGGAGAGGGGCAUGGUGGACGCGAUCGAGAUCAGCCUCGCGAGGCACCACGAGAAGCGCUCGCAGGGCGAGACGGAGGAGAUGGCCCGGCGGUGGCUGUCCCUGGCGAGCAACCAGCCGGCCCUCGCGAAGGCGCUGAGGGAGGAGCACUUCUGGGGCGGCGGCGGCAGCCGACGACAGGAGGAUAGACUGAUGAUGAGCGGUAGUAGUAGUAGUAGUAGUAGUAGUAGUAGUAGUAGUAGUAGUAGUAGUAGUAGUAUCGGGGAAGAAGUGGAGGGCCGGAGACGGUUGUCGACGGAAGAGGAGGAGCGGGCGAGACAUGUGUCCGCCCACGAGGAGCGGAAGCGGCUGGGGUGGGUGAGCCUCCUGGAAGCCGUGGGUGGCGGGGAUGGCGAACGCGGCGGGCAAGGCUCGUCGGUUGGCGGGCCCGAAGGCGCCGCCGGGGGUACUAGGGCCAGCUACUGCGGGUUCGAUCUGGCGAGGUUCACCGUGUCCCCCAGCGGCAAGAAGGUCCUCUUGCACAGGCCGCACGAGAUGCUGGCUGCCGCUACUGACAGCGGCGGCGGCGACGAGGGCUGCAUGUCGGCCCUGCUGGCGUUCUUUUCGCUGCAGCCCGAGGUGCGCUACGUUACGGCGAGGAGGAAGACGGCGAUCCAGAAUCUCGACGCCGCUUGGGUGACGCAGUCCGCGGUGGACGGGUAUACCCCGCUGUGGGAUGAGAACCUUCAAGGGCAAGACGAGAUUAUCGGGGUGGCGGACACGGGCCUGGACCUGAACCACUGUCACUUUCGGGAGGACGACGACGACAAUAUCGAGGCCAGCGACUGGGACGACCCGGUAACGGACUUGGACAAGCGGAAGGUCGUGCAGUACAUCGACUUCGUCGACGACUUCGACGAGGCGGACGGGCACGGAACCCACGUCGCCGGCUCCAUCGCCGGCGCGCAGAGCGGGGAGGACGCGGGGGAUGACGAUGCCGACGGCAUGGCGUUCCAGGGAAAGCUUGCCGUUUUCGACUUUGGAGACUCGGACAACUUCAACGCCCUUACCACCCCCGACGAGAUUGACACGGUCAUCCUGGAGCCCGCCUAUGACGGAGGGGCUCGCGUCCACAGUAACUCCUGGGACACCGUGAGCACGGAGUAUUCUGCUCUCAGCAACGAGGUGGACGAGUUUGUCUACACCCACCAGGACAUGCUCGUGGUCUUCGCCGCGGGCAACUGCGGCGACACGACGACGGACGACCUGGUCGACAACUGCAGCGUCCUCGACGACGAUGAGGGCACCGUGCUCUCCCCGGCCCAGGGCAAGAACGUCGUGGCGGUGGGCUCGUCCGAGUCCGGCGGGGUUACCGGCAAGGACAUGGACACCGUGUCGUACUUCUCCUCCAAGGGACCGACGAUCGACGGGAGGAUAAAGCCCGAUGUCGUGGCGCCGGGGGACCCUACCUGGUCGGCGGCGGCGGACCCCACUGGGGAGACGUGCGGAUUCGGGAGCCAGACGGGGACGAGCAUGUCCACCCCCAUCGUGGCGGGCAACGGCGCUAUGGCCCGACAGUACUUCCGAGAGGGCUGGUACAACACCGGCAGCAAGAACGAGAGCCUGGGUUUCGACCCGUCGGGGGCGUUGCUGAAGGCAGUCCUGAUCAACUCGGCCACGGGCAUGACUUACGCUGGGGUCAACCCUGACUCAAGCACGCUCGACGUGACGCUCACGACCCCUCCGGAUAUCCACCAGGGGUUCGGCCGUGUGACGAUGAUCAACGCCCUCAACAUCAACUCUUCGGUGGGCAUCUUUUUCGAGGAUUGGGUGGAGAUUCGCGAGGGGGAGUCCAUCGAGUACGACGUGUCGCUGUACGAGGACGCGGAUACCGAUAAGGACCUGCGCAUCACGCUGGUGUGGACGGAUCCCCCCGCCUCCGUGGGGUCGACGGAAGCUCUUAUCCACGACCUUGACCUGGUCGUCAUCGCGGAGUCGACGGGCACAGAGUACUACCCCAACGGCUUGGAAGAGGCGGACACGGUCAACAACGUGGAGAAGAUCACCAUCACCGACACCACCCAGGGCGAGAAUUACGUCAUACGGGUGAGUUGCAACGAGCUCAGCGAGUACGACACGCAAACCUUCGCGGUCAUCGCGAACGGCGAGUUCAUCAAGACCAAUGCCCUGCCGACCGCACAGGAUCCCAGCGACUGGGCCGACCUCGUCGACCAGGCUGCGGACACCCUGCUGACUUGGAAGUUCGCCGCGGCGCUGGCCCUGGGCGUCUUCGCCUGCUGCGCCGCGGUGUGCGCGUGCCGCAGCUGCAACAAGAGCCGCAGGCACAGGUCCAAGGUCAACAGGUACCGCCGGGAGAUCACGGCCAACAGGGGCGGCGGCGGCGGUGCCCCCGGGCGCAAGCUCCGGCCGAACCCGUCGGCCCGCCCACAGCCGUACCCGGGCCCCGUCCGCAACCCGGGGUCGAUUUACGUGUCCGGCACAGGGAGGUUCCAGGAGUCUUGGAGGCGGCCCGGGCCGGGGUCCAUCGGCGGCCGCAGCAUGAGGAGCAUGCGCAGCGAGCAGAGCGCGCGGGGGGCGCUGCUUACGGGGGCGGGCGCGGUGGUGCCCGGGCAGUUGGCGUCGGGGACGGCGUCGGCUUCGCCGCCGCACGAGGCGUGCCCGGAAUGCGGGCUACGCCUGCCCGACGUGGUGCAGCUGGUGAAGCACGUGGAGACGCAGCACGGCGGGCGGGCCAACCGCAAGAUGCCGACGGCGACGGCGGUGGUGUCGGCGGGGAACGGUCCCACGCCAGGGCUGAAGGUGGUGACGGUGGCUCCCUCGAAGAACGUCCCGGGGACGGUGAUGCUGGGCAACCCGUACGCGGACGCCCGCGCAUCCGCGGUCGAGGUCAAGGCGAAACCGGCACCGUCGGCUACUAGCCCGACCAGCCGCACCCGGCGCGCCUCUGCCGCGCACCGCCAGACUCCGGUCGCCGGGGUGGCGGUGGUCGUGUCCACGGCGGCCGCCGCCGCCGGCGCGGCCGUGGCCUGUAGGGGUGACAGGAACAGCAGGACACCCACCCGAGUCCGCUCGAGCUCUCCCGCCGGAGCGUCGGGGACCAGCUCGGGGCGAUCGGGAUCUUCAGCGAAACGGUGCCCCGGAAACCCAUCCGGCUCCGGCUCCGGCUCCGGCUCCGGCCACUCCCGCUCGUCGGCGUCUUCUUCGUCCAAGCCCGGGGGGUCGAGGGACGGCCUCCCGCGGAUCAGGGACCUGAGCUCGCACGGGAAGAAUAAUGGCGGCAGCAAGGCUAGCGCUGAUGGCAGCAGGCACUCGGGCAAUAGCCCCCUCCCCCGCCUCCUUUCGCACAGGGUGGACAGGAGAGGGAACGGGAGCGGGGAAACCGCCUCGAGGGUGUCCAGACCCUCCCGCGGGGCCGGCGGCAGCGGCAGCGGCAGCGGGAGCCGGUCUUCGGGUGAAACAUUAGGCAGGCGCUCAGCCGAAGUGGGCAAGCCGCCGUCUCAGAACGAGAGCGGCAGCAGCGGCGGUCGCAGGCAGAGCCACGGGCUCGCGGAGAUGGCCCCCGGGUUCGAAGCGUCGGGAAGAAUGCUCCUGAAGAACGGAUCCACGAGGAGCCUGACCCGCACAUCGAGCCUCGACCGAAUGUCGGCCCUCUCUUCUCGGGCCAUCACGCGCUCGACCUUGCCGAAGGAGGGCAUGGACGAGGACGAUGAAGCUCAAGCUCCGCCGAGAAGGGUCGACUCGGGGGCAGCAGCAGCGCGAGAGAGAGACAUAGUAAACCAGAGGCGCAUCCGCCACAGCGCCUCGACUGAGGACGACAUCCCGGUGGGGCAGCGGCUGACGGCGGACAAGCUCCGGGCGCUCGGGUCGGGCCUCGCGCCGCCAGUCUUCAGUCCCGUGAUGCCGUCAGCGAAGGAGCCGCCCUACAGCCCCGUGGCGCGCGAGCGGGCGGGAGAGCUGGACGAGAAGAAGCCCGUGGGCAUCACUCGAAAGUUCUUCCGGCAGCUGUCGGGGGAAGGGUGAGGGAAGGAUGCCUAGAGAGAGAGGGGUAACUGGUGGGUGGGAA